CAUGAAGCUCGCUGAUGCGACGCUCGGCCUCGAGACGUCUGCCUCGCCGGACGACGUGCGCCAAGCCUACAAGAAGCUGGCGCUCAAGUUCCACCCGGACAAGAACCAGGGCGAAGACACGACGGCCAAGUUCCAGGCCAUUAGCGCGGCGUACAAGCGCAUCUCGGACCCCAAGUCCAACCAAGACGAGCUUCAUGGUGAUGGUGGCUUUGGCAUGGACAUCAACGUCGAGGAGAUGUUCCACAUGUUCGACAUGAUGUUUGGCAGCAUGGGCCGGGGAAAGAAGGGCGGACGCCGGCGACGCCAGCCUGAAUUCAACUUUGAAGACAUGUUCUUCGGCGGCAUUGACCCUAGCGAGCUGGACGACGAAGAGCUCGAAUUCAUGGCUUCCAUGGGCAUGGACGGGUCCAUGUUUGACGGCAUGGGGGACGACUUUGACGAUCUCGGCGACCUUGCAAGCUUCAUGCAGUCGAUGGCUUUUAUGGACAUGAAGAUGCCACACGCACGGGGCAGCAAGAAGCGCGGGCUACGUGUCGGCAUGCCACCGCGACGGAAGGGAGCCGUGCGCGUUGCACGGGCCACCUCCAAAGUGCCCAGCGCCCCGGCGGCAGCUCCCACCAUGCCACCUCCGGCGCCCGCGCCAUGCAAGCCGUCAUCGUACCCGACCCUGACGUUAGACGAGCGCGUCCUUGUGUUCGGCAAGCUCCAAGGCCGUGUCGCGUACGUGGGACCGGUGCACUACGCCAAGGGCGACCUCGUCGGCGUCGUCCUCGACGAGCCGCUUGGCAAGAACGACGGAACGCUGAAAGGCCACACGUACUUUACAUGCGCGCCGUCGCACGGCCUCAUGGUGCACCCGAUCGACGUCGUGCCCCUUUCGUAG